AUGAAUCUCUGGGACACUCGUCCAGGGGACCUGGACAGGUACAUCAAAUUGCAUCUCUUGCCUGAUACCACUUUCAAGAGAGAGGUCCGAAGAGCCAUUGACACUAUCUCCUCCUUCCUAAAGGACAGGUGUUUCCAAGAUACAGGGAAGUCAGUCCGGGUGACCAAGGUUGUAAAGGGAGGUUCAUCUGGCAAAGGCACAGCCCUGAGAGGCUGCUCUGAUGCAGACCUGGUAGUAUUUCUCAGCAACCUCAAAAGCUAUCAGGACCAGCUAGAUCACCGAAAAGAGCUCAUUGAGGAAAUCAAGAAACGAUUGGAAGAAUGUAAGCGUGAGCAAGAACAGAAGUUUCAAGUAAAAUUUGAGGUCAACGAAUGGCCCAACUCUCGAGUGCUCAGGUUCAGGAUGAAGUCAACCAAGAUUGGUCAGUGGGUGGACUUUGAGGUGCUUCCAGCCUUUGAUGUUCUAGGCCAGGUGAACAAAGACCUCAAGACACCUGAUAAACGCAUCUACAUUGAUCUCAUAAGGGAAUCCAAGGAAGGGGGAGAAUUCUCCACCUGCUUCACAGAACUGCAGAAGAAUUUCCUCAGACAGCGCUGCACCAAGCUCAAAAGUCUGAUCCGGUUGGUGAAGCACUGGUACAAAAUGUGCAGGGAGAAAAUGGAGUCACUCCCUCCUCAGUAUGCUCUGGAGCUCCUGACUGUCUAUGCCUGGGAGCAUGGGAGCCAGGAACUGGAUUUCAACACAGCCCAGGGCUUCCAGACAGUUCUGUACCUGAUCCAGAAGUACCAAGAGCUCAUGGUCUACUGGACCAUCUACUAUGACAUUCACAAUGAGACUAUUGCAGGUCACCUUUGUCGCAAGCUCCAGGAACACAGGCCAGUGAUCCUGGACCCAGCUGACCCAACUGGUGAUGUAGGGGGCGGACAUCAAUGGCGCUGGGACAAGCUGGCACAAGAAGCUCAAUGUUGGUCAUCUGCCCCUUGCUUUCAAAAUGGGGAUGGGAAAUGUGUACAGCCAUGGAAAGUGCCGAUGGAGCAGACCCUGGAAGCCAGCAAAGACUUCAACCUUAUGAGCAAGCCAUAACUACAGGCAGAAUGCAUCCUACUUUAUAUGCAAUGCUAAGGACCCUACAAUCAUGGGUUGUGUGUGCAAUGCUUAGGACCCUACAAACCCCAAUAUGGCUUCAGAACAGGCCAGUACUGUUUGCUGCCUCUGGGACAUGUGUUUGGAUUGGUAUAGAGCAUGCCAAUGUGACCCUGUAUGAUGGUGUUGGGGCAGCAUUAGCUUAAAGAGGCACACAUUCUUCAUUCUUUCUUCAAGAGAGACACAUGUCAUUCCAGACUUUCUUUGAGGAGAGACCCUUGGAUAAAGAGAAAAGACUUUGGGAGUGACAGGUGUAUAGAGAAACUGGCUCCUCUACAUGUCUCUGAUAUUGAGUUUACCUCCCUAGCCUUUGGGGAAAUGCCCUGUAUUUGAAUUUGGGGGCUCUCUGUUGGUUGAGGCUAAAGAUCUUGUUGCCCAUGUGAAAGCUUAUGCAAGGUGUAUAUUUUCUAGCCUAUUGAAAUCUGUAUUACUUUUCUGAUUUCCAUAC